AUGCGAUUCAUUUGUCACAUACUUCUACUCGUUGUUUGUGUUGGUACUUUUAUUGAUUGUAAAGGUGGACGUGGUGGUGGUGGUGGUCGUGGUUCUAUUGGAGGUGUUUGGUCAAGCCAAUAUUUCCAGUAUGAAACAUGGCAUGGGCCUCAUCAAUUUUCACUUUUAUUCAAUUCUCAAGCAAUGAAAAUAAAAGGAACAGGAUCAGAUGAUAAUGGAGUAUUUAGUAUUAAUGGAUUUUAUUCAACUAAAACAAAUCGAAUUGUUUUGAAAAAAGAAUAUGAAUCAAAUACUAGUAAUACCAAAGAAAACUCAGGACAUCCAGUCAAAAUUGAGUUAAUGUGGAAUGAAGAAAAUAAUCAAUUUGAAGGUAACUGGUAUAUAAAUACAAUUGUAUACAAAGACAGUGGUAAAUUUAAUCUUCAAUUUCAUGAAAAAUCAUUAGCAAUUAAAAGUGAUAGUAAUGGUACAUUUAAUGUUAAUACUUUUUAUACAAAUUCAUUAAAUAAUUAUGUAACACAUGAAGAUUAUUUAUAUUUAUUAUCGAUAAUAAAUCCACAACUAAAACAACUAAUGACAAAUAAAUAUUUAUAUAUGAUUUCUAUAAUACUAUUUGGUGCUGUUUACCUAGUAUUAUUGGCAUUGAGUGUUUUUUUCUUAACAGAUAUAGGUGACUUUGGAUAUGUCUUGAUAAGCAUAUUUAUAUUAGUGAAUUUAAUAUUUUUGCCCAUGCUGAAAUAUUCUAUCUAUCCCUAUUACAAUUAUAAAGUGGAAAAUAUACAUGGAAGCAUAAAAUCAUUGGUAAAAGAAUUUUCAAGUCAAACAAAUACUUCUCAAACAACAAAUGAUUUGAUAUGGAAUAUAGAAUUUAAUGAUGAUUCAAAACCUAUAUUACAUAUAGAAUGUCCUCCAUUAUGUCCAAAAAAUCCUAUGAAUCCAAUAGCAACAACUUCUUCUAUUCCACAAUUAUCUACGGAUAAGUUUCAAUCUGAAAUCGCGAAUCAAAUACAUAGUUCAUCUGAACCAGUACAAUACAAUUCAAUACAAUAA